UUUAGCAUAACUACCAAAAACUUUUUAGGGUUGGCAAACAAUAUAUUGAACUGUCAAUACAUUUUAAAUGUGGACUCUCAAGUCCUGCUGGCGUAUUGCUCCUAUGAGGAAGCGCAGUACUUGUUUCAUCACGCAGCUGAGGUGGGUCUGCUGGGGCCUGGCUACAUCUGGAUCCUCCCCAGUCCAGCCGUGGGCAACCCCGACAGCCCUCCACCUGUCAGCUUCCCUGUUGGUGUUAUUGGUGUGAUUACGGACCAGUGGAGGAAGAGCUUGCGGCAGAGGGUGAGGGAGGGUGUCGCCAUUGUAGCCAAGGGGGCUGAGAGCUUCAAGAAGCAGUAUGGUUUUAUUCCUGAGGGACACGGUGACUGCAACAAACCAGCUAAACACUCAGACAACAAUACUCUGUUCAGGCACAUGCUGAAUGUGACGUUCGAAAGGAGAGAUCUGUCAUUCAACAACCGAGGCUUCCUCUCCAACCCUUCAAUGGUCAUCAUCGCUCUGGACCGGGAGAGACUCUGGGAUAAGGUGGGUACGUACGCUCGAGGGAUCCUUCAGGUUCGCUACCCGGUCUGGCCUCGAUAUGGCAGCUUCCUGGAGCAAGUGUCUGAUGACCGUCACCUGACCGUGGCCACGUUGGAGGAGCAUCCCUUCGUAAUGGUCGAGAACGUGGACCCGGGCACUGGCACAUGCGUCCGCAACACAGUGCCCUGCAGGCACCAGUCCAAUCGCACAGAAAGUAUUAUUGGCCACUCAGAGUCCUACACCAAACUGUGCUGUAAAGGAUUCUGCAUAGACAUCCUGAAGAAGUUGUCCCGCACCAUCAAGUUCUCCUACGACCUCUACCUAGUCACUAAUGGAAAACACGGCAAGCUGGUCCGUGGGACUUGGAAUGGCAUGAUUGGGGAGGUUGUGUAUAGACGAGCUGACAUGGCCAUUGGCUCGCUCACUAUCAAUGAGGAGCGUUCGGAAAUCAUUGACUUCUCCGUGCCAUUUGUUGAGACAGGCAUCAGCGUCAUGGUAGCCCGCAGCAACGGGACAGUUUCCCCAUCUGCCUUUCUUGAGCCCUACAGCCCAGCAGUUUGGGUCAUGAUGUUUGUGAUGUGCCUGACCGUGGUGGCGGUGACAGUUUUUGUGUUCGAAUACUUCAGUCCAGUCGGUUACAACCGCAGUCUGGUCAGCGCCAAAACUCCCGGAGGUCCGACGUUCACCAUUGGGAAGUCAGUGUGGCUGUUGUGGGGCAUUGUUUUCAACAACUCAGUCCCCAUUGAAAACCCUAAAGGAACAACCAGUAAGAUCAUGGUUCUGGUCUGGGCCUUCUUUGCUGUCAUCUUCCUGGCCUCUUACACUGCCAACCUGGCUGCCUUCAUGAUCCAGGAACAAUAUAUUGACACAGUGUCUGGGCUCUCUGACAAGAAGUUCCAGAAACCACAUGAGCAUUACCCUCCUUUUCGCUUCGGGACGGUCCCAAACGGGAGCACAGAGAGGAACAUCCGCAGCAACUACCCCGACAUGCACACACACAUGAUGAAGUACAACCAGAAGGGGGUGGAAGAAGCUCUACAAAGCCUCAAAACCGGGAAGCUGGACGCCUUCAUCUAUGACGCUGCUGUUUUGAACUACAUGGCGGGGAAAGAUGAGGGCUGCAAGCUGGUGACUAUCGGCAGUGGGAAAGUGUUUGCCACCACAGGGUAUGGCAUCGCUUUGCAGAAGGACUCCAGCUGGAAACGGCCUAUUGACCUGGCCCUGCUGCAGUUCCUCGGAGACGGAGACACCCAGCGCUUGGAGACGGUGUGGUUGUCAGGCAUCUGCCAGAACGAGAAGAAUGAAGUGAUGAGCAGCAAGCUGGACAUUGACAACAUGGCAGGCGUCUUCUAUAUGCUCCUAGUGGCCAUGGGCCUCAGUCUGCUUGUCUUUGCCUGGGAACACCUGCUUUAUUGGAAACUACGACACUCCCUCCACAAGUCUCAGAAACUUGACUUCUUGUUGGCCAUCAGUAGGGGUAUUUACAGUUGUUUCAAUGGAGUGGAGGACCCCGGGCGUUCUUCUGGUUUGGCCAAACCUGACCUGACCUCCAACUACGCUCAAGCAAAUAUGCUGAAGAUGCUUCGCACCGCCAAGGACCUGGUCUCCACUGCCAAUGUUGAGACGUCACUGGACAACGCCACCAAGACCAUAGAGCAGUUGAGUCGACAUGGCGGCAGCUUGCCUGUUCGUAUUCCACAAGUCGCCACAGAGGCCGUACCAGGAGGAUUUGCUUAUAUUACAGAGAAUCACUGCUCCCUUCCCCAGCGCUCCCUAACCCCACCUCUGAAACAACAGAGGGGUGUGACCAGGCCCACGCCACUGCGCUACACGCUUCCGACUCACUCUUCUUCAUGUCUGUAUGACCGGCCACUACCUGUGUCCAGCCUCAGCAGCCCACACCUGGCUGUGGGUGAGCCACUCCCUCAUCAGCACCCGCACCACUACCAGACCACUGGGAGACUCUACGUAGACACCCAUGCUCACUCUCCCUUCAUCCCUUACACUGAUCUCCAACUACCUGACAUCUACGCCUCUCACCCGGUGUCCUCGCCUCAAAACCAGCACGUCCAGGCAGGCUUCUCCCGACGGAAACGGAGGUCCAAGAGUUUCCAGUGUGAGGAUGGGGAGGUAGAGAGGAGAAAACACAGGGAUCAGGAAAAGAAUGACAAAAGUCCUGUCUGUCUGAGUGAGCUCAAAGCCAACCACCUCCAAGACAACCACAUCUCCGCCGCCAGCGUUGACAGCAUCUACUCAGGGGAGGUAAUGUGUCCUCGGGUAGAGAACUACAGCUCUUGGCCCCCGGAGGAUCUCGCGCUGAGAGGGAGACGCAGGCACCGCCGACCCUCUUUCCUUAAAGCAACUUGGGGCAACGAGCAGAUGCGCCAGCUUGACGAGUCCCAGUCAUCCCUGUCCAGCCAGUCACCUUCCACCUUGCCAGACCUGUUCCCAUGCAUUCUUACACCGACCACACCUGCAAAGGCCUACAAUCCUGCCCACCUUCGAAACAACCUGUGCCUCCCACGGAACCAGACCUACCUCCACAUAAGGGAGGACCAGAGGAGACCCAAUGGGCGUAAGGGCCAGAGGCUGCGCUACUCCCACUCCACGCACCUCCCCACAUAUGGAGAGGCAGUACGACACGGGACUGGGUUAGGGAGGGGGAUGGUACGGAGAGCCACCAGUUUGCUCAGCAGACAGUACACUCACUACCUGAACUCGUACCCUGGACUACCACUCUACCAUGGCCCCCUAGAUCUGCAGCACCACAUCCAGGCCUCCAGCAACCACCCGAGCCCCAGCCCAGUGUGCCAGCUGCUGGCUUGUGGUGGUGGGAGAUGUGGAAGCCAGCGGGCUCUGCUAUACCAGGACAGCGUGUAUGGGGCCUAUGGGGUCUAUCAGGGAUCCCAGACUGGAUCAGAGGUCCAGGUGGGUCAGGGAGCAGGGGGCCAACCCACGGGGAGCCCCUGCGUACUUCGUCCAUGGCGACGGGUGUCCAGUCUGGAGUCUGAGGUCUGAUGGGAAACCAAAAGGACCGACUGUAGGAUAAAAUGGAUACUGUGGAGAAACAGAAGACAAGACUGUGGAGAGGGAGUAGUAGUUAGAUUAAUGUAAGAGGGGGGAGUUGUGACUUGAAGUAAUUGUGGAUUUUCUAUGUGACUUUGUGUGGUAAAGAAUAGAAGUGUGGGUCUGUACAUUUUACAGAUGUUAGGAUUUGAUGUAUGCUGCAGUAAGAUAAGAAGACUGCACUGUUACCGAUCUAUCCUCGAGAAAGCGGUGGAAAGCUGAAGUUGGCAGGUUUUUCUCACUUGCUACUUUACUACGACAACGCUUGUGUGCUUUCUGUGCUUUAAUGUGCACUAAGAUUUACAGCAGUCCACGGUGUUGGCGCAUGGUUAAACUAUAACCAGAGUUUUCAUGCUGUGUGUGUGUCGUGUAUAUUAUAUUGUGGAGGGUUGGGAUACAUGUCUUGGUUGUUGCCGAGUAGAUGAACUGUUUACAGUUGGUGAGAAAUGGUGGAGGAAUAAGGGAUUGUCUCUUCAAAUACAGCCGCCAAAAACAAGCAGCCACUGUAGCAAGAUUUAUGAAGACAGCUGCGAUGUACACGAAGAGUUUUAUUCAAAAAUUAAAUAUUAUACCAUUUUGAUUCAUAAAAAGCAGCAGUUUUAUAGAAUCAAAUAAUCAUUUUGAGACAUCUGUUAAAGAAUUUCAGGUAACUUCUUUAAAGAUGUAUAAUGUUUUUGUGGAGCUAAGCCCUUCAAGUCUUCAUUUAGUGAUGAGUCAGAGGAAGCGGCGACUUUGUGAAAAGCAGUCCAUUUGAACACAAUCAAAAUGAUGAAGUACUGGGACAGCACUGACCAGCACUAGGUGUCUUAAACCAUGGAUUUUUGUUCCUCACUGGGUCUCAGUAUGAGGCCGCAGUACAGCACAUCACACAAGGCCUCACAAUAAAUAAAUCCUGCAUCUAAAUACUAUAUCGAUAUAGAGAAAAUGUGUUAUUUGAGACUGGUUAGUGUCAUAUUCAUGUAUUCUACAUAUGAUAGGAAUUUAUAGUCACUCUUAAAAAUUUUCUAAUCACACUUCUGGCACAUUCUGAGUUUUACUUUUUGUAAAGCUGUUGCUGAUUUACUGGAAUACUUGUUAUUACUGUAUUAACUCUAUCAGUUGGCCUAUAUUAAGAUUUUCAUCACUUUCUCUUUUCCACUCUUUUAUAUUCCCUCAUCAUCCCUCUUUUCCCCAUCCCCUCUAACUGUUAAAUGAUGAAUUUUAAAUGAGGUAAUUGAAAGCUAUUCUAGUAUCUAUAUUACCUGGUUCCCUCACCCUGUAGUUAAUCACUUAGACCAAUUAAAGAGCCUUUUUGGAUGAA